UGGCUUCUGGGGAAGGGGAGGCAGGAGGAGGCUCCUAUUGUCAACUGGGAAGAAAGUUCAUUGUUGGGAGGGAGAGAGAGAACUUUUCAAAUGCGACUUUCCUUCUGCUUGUGGCUGUUGGGCCGGUGCUGCCCGAGGAAGGCUUGUUCUGAGCCGGAGUCUAUGGCGUGCGCACUGAGGAACAUCUGCCUGAACUGAAGAUUUCUUGACACUAUGAAGAAAAGUCUUUUUAACUGACACCUUAGAAGUGAAAAAAAAACCAGGCCAGCCGACCCUUUGAAAAACUGUCUCAAAAUGCAAGUGUCAUCACGACUAAGAAGUGUGGAGGUGGCAAGAGGAAGAACAGGAUAUGGCUUCACUCUCUCCGGACAGUCCCCUUGUGUGAUCAGUAGUGUCAUCAAGGAAAGUCCAGCUGAGUUUGUUGGGCUGAAACCAGGAGAUCAGAUAUGUGUUGUGAACGAGAUCCACGUUAAGAAUGCAUCGCAUGAAGAUGUGGUAAAACUGAUAGGGAAAUGUUCAGGCAUUCUGCAUAUGGUGAUUGCUGAGGUAAUCCGUCACAUAGACUCAUGUUCCAGUGAUGAAGAACUUGCCUUCUACGAAGGAAAAACUUGUCUGAAGCCAAGACCUGAUUCCAAAGCUUUGGGCAUCAAUAGAGCGAAGAGGGUUGUCGAGGAAAUGCAGUCUGGUGGAAUAUUCAACAUGAUCUUUGAAAACCCUUCCGCUAGUGCUGCAAAAUGUGAUACUCGUGCACCAAAACAGAGGUCCAGAUCUAUGUCUGCUUCUCAUUAUGAAAUGAGACGGGAAAAGGCAAAUAAAGUAGAUUUGCUUUCCAAGGAGGAGAUAUCAAAGGUGCUGAGUAAUGUCUGUCUAUUUUCUAAUGGCAUGGACAAUCUGGAGGAUUUUGAGCUUGAUGCAAGUAUUUUAAAUGUUGGGAUGGUUGUUGGCUACCUUGGCUCUAUUGAACUCCCUUCUACGAGUUCAAAUCUUGAGUAUGACAGCUUGCAAGCCAUCCGUGGAUGCAUGAGGAGGUUGAGGGCUGAACAAAAAAUACAUUCACUGGUGCUGAUGAAGAUAAUGCACGACAGCAUCCAGCUGUGCACUGAUAAAAAUGGUGCUAUAGCUGUUUAUCCUGCUGAAAAACUAGCAUUUAGCGCUGUCUGUCCAGAUGACAGAAGGUUUUUUGGCCUUGUCACAAUGCAGAGCCCUGACGAUCAAAGCUUGGCUGACGAAGAAGGGAUUUUGAGGACAUCCUGCCACGUAUUCAUGGUAGACCCUGAAUUGUUUCAUCAUAAAAUACAUCAAGGGAUUUCCAGGCGAUUUGGAUUUGAAUGUACCCCUGAUCCAGACACCAAUGGUUGUCUAGAGUUCCCAACAUCAUCAUUGCCUGUGCUGCAGUUUAUCUCAGUGCUGUACAGAGACAUGGGCGAGCUGAUUGAAGGAAUGAGAGCGAGGGCUUUUCUGGAUAAUGAGGCAGAUGCCCAUCAGAAUAACAGCACCAGCAGUAACAGCGACAGUGGAAUUGGAAAUUUCAACCAAGAAGAGAAGCCCAAUCGAGUGUUAGUUGUUGAUUUAGGAACUGCACCAAGCAAACAUAUCCCACAUGCAUUACGAGAGGCUCCUGGAGGAAGAGGACAAAGCCAUCAGGCGGCUCUACAUUGGAAUGGUUAUUGUAAUGAAGAAGACAGACAUUUUUCUUUACAUGGAGCUAAUGCUGAUAAGCAGCAAAACUUUAAGAAACAUUUAGGCCCAUCAGCCUCUAUUGAAGUUCCAGUGGUUCCAACUAGAGGUGCAGCACCUUCAUCAAAGAAAGCAACUACUUUAGAUGGAGGGGGUCAGAGGUGGUUGCCUGUGCAUGUGAUACAGGACUGGCAACAUGGUAAUAUCAGUGAUCAGGAGUCUUACGCAGAUUCUACAGAUGGCUGGUCUAGCAUUAACUGUGGUACCCUUCCUCCUCCGAUGAACAAAAUUCCAGCUGACAGAUACCGGGUUGAAGGGAAUUUCGGCCAGCCUCCGCCUGUGACUCGUAAAGUUGAAAGUUGGUCUAAAAAAGUGUUUGAUGUACAUAAUAAAUUUGGAGCUUCUAAUAACUGUGCCAAAACCAGAGAGGAUAAAAAGAGCUUAAAACCUUCCCACUUGGUUCAGGCCCCACAUCGCUCUUCUGGUAGAAGGUCAUUUGGAAGGUCUAAGAGGUUCAGCAUCACUCGAUCCCUGGAUGACUUUGAGGCUGCCACAGUCUCUGAUGGUGAGCUGAAUAGCACUGAUCUGAAGGGAUGCAUCAGCGAUAACAGCCUGAGCAGCAAUGCGAGCCUUCCCAGUGUGCAAAGCUGCAGGAGGCUGGGGGAGCGCAGGGUGGCAAGCUGGGCCGUGUCAUUCGAGCGUUUACUGCAGGAUCCUGUUGGUGUCCGAUACUUCACAGAGUUUUUGAAGAAAGAAUUUAGUGAAGAAAAUAUAUUGUUCUGGCAAUCUUGUGAAUAUUUCAGCCGCAUUCCCGUCCAUGACAAGAAUGAGCUCUCCUACAGAGCCCGGGAAAUCUUCAACAAGUUCCUGAGCAACAAGGCAACAACUCCAGUAAACAUUGAUAGUCAAGCGCACUUGGCCGACGAUGUGCUCAAUGCUCCUCACCCGGAUAUGUUUAAAGAGCAGCAACUCCAGAUAUUUAAUCUGAUGAAGUUUGACAGCUACACAAGGUUUCUGAAAUCUCGCCUGUACCAGGAAUGUAUGCUGGCAGAAGUUGAGGGUCGGUCACUCCCUGAUCCUCAGGAGAUUCCCAGCAGCCCCACAUCAAAGAACAGCAUCAGCUCGGAGCGAUCCAACAUCUCAACCCCGAAAAAGCAGCAGCUGAGUAGGAAAACCAGAUCGGGAAGGUCCCUCAAUGAAGAGUCUGGAGGUGAAGACGAUAACGAAAGGAAGAAGAAAGGGGCGUUUUUCUCUUGGUCGAGAAGUAAAAGUAUUGGGAAGUCCCAGAGGAAAAGAGAGAAUGGGGACAUUUCCAAUGAUUGCUCCCAUAUCAACGGAGGGAACAUCAGGAGACGGGGAUCGCAGGGCUCUGUGUCUUCCUCAGCAAGUCUUGAGCUGAUUAACUGCGGCUCUAAUGGAAAUGCACUCGAGUUGGAAUCUUCGAGAGUGUCCUCCGUACAAGAGAGAGAGAAGUCCUCCAAGCAGUGUUACAUUAGUCUCCCAGACGGUUCCUCCAGUGCGAUGCUGGUUAAACCUGGGCUCUCCAUUAAGGACAUGCUGAGUGGUCUGUGCGAGAAACAUGGAUUCAACAUUGCCGCUGUUGAUCUUUUCUUAAUCGGCGGCAAUAAGCCGCUUGUGUUGAGCCAGGACAGCAGCAUUCUGGAAUCUCGGGAUCUCAGAAUAGAAAAGCGAACUUUAUUUCGGUUGGAUCUUGUUCCAAUUAACCGAUCUGUGGGCCUCAAAGCCAAACCUACCAAGCCUGUGACGGAGGUUCUGCGGCCUGUGGUCGCUAAAUACGGACUGAAUCUUAGUGAACUUGUAGUAAGGCUUAGUGGGGAGCAUGAGCCCCUUGACCUGGGUCUUCCCAUCUCCAAUCUGGAUGGCCAGCGUGUGGUUUUAGAAGAAAAGGAGAACCUCCGAGGGAAAGAGAAACAGAAGCCACCCGUGUUAAAAACGAGCCCCACGGUGAUAAGUGGACCCAGAAGUCCCACAUCAGCGCAGGGAGAGGACAGGCCCCUGGUAAAGUCUGCCUCUAUUAGAAUGAAAAGGGAAAAUGGAAAGGGUUCCAGAGAUGUUCGACUACUGAAUAAAGACGAGCCCGUUGUUCGGACGGGGAGAAAAAGACAGCAAAAAAUCAAUUUGGAUGAAGCAGAAGCAUUCUUUGAAAUGAUUUCAAAAGCCCAGAGCAACAGAGCUGAAGACCAGCGUGGCCUCCUACGUAAAGAAGACUUGGUCCUCCCAGACUUUCUCCGUUUGACUCCGGGCGAAUCUGCCUCCUCGAGGCCGACCGCUUCCAAUUCCAAUAACAAAAGGACUGGAAGGAAAGACGGGGAAGAUAAGGCAGCUCCUUCUUCCCGGGCAAUGAACGGCACAAGGCUAGAGACCCCACCGAAGUGCACGGAUAGACCUUUGAAAUCAGGUGGUUUGGACAAUAGAGACAGGGCAGACUUUUCGCAAGCUGGCAGCAGGAAACCUUAUCUCCCCUUUAAUGCCCCUCUUUCACCAAUACCCCAUGUACAAGAGCGGAAUAAACCCGGCAAGGAGAAGCAAUCCAGAGACUUGCCCUUGGACACUAUACAGACCAUAGAAGAUGAGAAUGAAGAAGAUCUCACACUAGUAGCUGAAGGGGACAUUAGCAGCCCCAACAGCACCCUACUACCACCUCCACCGAGUCCUCCUUGCGAUCUGAGUAAGUUAUCCGAGGCCAACUAUUCACCCCCACCUUCAUUUAUGGGUAGCCAAGAUAACUCUGGAUAUCAGAGAUCAGGUAUUUCUAGAUUUUAAUCUCUCCUUCUCUUUAGAUCUCCCUCUCGUGUGUUUCAUGAUUUUUAUUUUUUUAUUUUUUUGCUUCAAAAUUUUUUAAAUCGGAUGGUU